AUGCUCUCACGACACCGCAAUCCCAAUUGUAACACACCUACUCACACAUCCUCGGCAGAGUUGGUUCCUCCUGUUCUUGGAAAGCAUGCUCGUCGCCCAACAGUGGCUAUUGCCACCCAUCUGGCUGAAGUUGAACUCUCCAAAAAGCGACGCCUUUCUCAAGGCAGCCGGAAAAGCAAGAAAGUUCCGGCAUCAGUUACAAACCCAAUGAGGGACAAGAUGAAGUCUGUCAACAUGACCUACACCACAGCUGACCGACCUGAAUACGAGAAUGACAGCAGUGACAACGGCAGUGACAGUAACGACAAUGCUGGUAGGAGGAAUGUUGAGAAGGGCUCUCACUCCUCAGUCUUGCAUUUCUCCGAUGGCAGUGAGUUGAAUGAUAGUGGAGAAAUGACUGAACCAAAUGAUGAUGAAGCAAACAAGUUGCAGGCUGAAAUUACAGCCUUAGCCGAACAGAUGGAGGUGAAACGUAAGGCACUCAAGCUCAACAAAACCCGGAUCUCCAGUGGACGGACCAGCCACCACACCAGUCGGGUCUGUCAUCUCCCCACUUCUUGGGAUGAAGCUAGUCUUAGCAGAGGGCCCUCCUUGGGUCUUGUUCCGCUGAAGGGAACACGUUCCUCUCAGCCCUUAUCCUCUCCCCAUCCAAUAUCGCGACAGUCACCUGGCUUAGAUGAUGACGCUUCAAAACAGGCUAGCCACUCUUGCGGCCCCAUGCCUCCCCAAACUCAAACACCAAAUCCGUCAUCAAGGACGCGUAGCUCAUCUCCUGUGGCCUCCAGCACAGCAUCUGUCACGCUUCAUGGUGCUGUUAAUCUUGCACCCAAGGCAAGCUCCAAGAAGGCAAAGCAGAAGGCCAAUGGUGAGCCAAGUGCAAGAGAUGCCACACUUGAAUUCUGGUGCCAGCAUGAUAACCCUCAAGUUUUUUCCGUCCUCAAUUAUUCACGCCCAGUUUUCCUUCAGCUUGUUGCGUCAAAUCCCUGGUCUCUUGGGGAGAAUAGCCUGAAUGGAGCACGUAGUGAAGAUGCAUCAAUUCACCAACGCUUUGCACAAGAAGCUCUUGCAAGAUCUGCCCAAAAUCUGAACCUGCGAAGUGACCAGUUCAUGGUUGAGCCCCUGAUGAUUACUACGCUUAUGAAAAUUGUGUCCAACUUCCGAAAUAGAUUCCGGAAUGCUGCUGUUCAAGCUGUUAAUGAAUACUAUAACUUUUCAGCGAUGGAUGACUCAGAGCGCAUCGAAAGUGUCACAGACCUAAUGGAGAAGUCCAGGUACAUCUGGCGAAAUCACCGCUUAAAAGAUGGUCCAUUCGAAAACCCGAUCAUUUUGACUGUGCUGAAGGUGUUCUUCACCUUCAAACAGCAGUUUAUUUCUCGUCGGUUGGGGGAGACUUGUCUUGAUGAUUUCAAGAACCUCGAUGAACAUCACGAGCUUAUUGCCCUUGCCCUAUCAGCGAUUCACUGUGCGCUUGAGAGUGUUAUUAAUCCCAAGGUUGAAUUUUCUGCCGAACGCUUUGCAGAAAUACAUGAACAUCAUCUAUUCGACAUUGCCGAGUUUUCAUCAAAAAAGACAAGACGAUGGAAGCGUAUUUGCUGUGCCAUGUUUUGGUCUGUAGCGCAAGAACUCAAAAGGGAUCAUAUGUAUGAGGAGAGGGAUGGAUCUAUUAUAGACAUGGAAGAACAACCACGCGGCAACACUAGUCCAUGGAGCGAGUCUGAGUAG